GCCCCGUUCCUGCUGGAGCGGAGGGGGGGCGAGGCGGCCUGCAUCCGCCCCGGGGCCCGGCUGGACGUGGUGGGCCUGCAGGCGGCGGCGGUGGCCGAGGCGGAGCUGGCCUGGCGCGCCCCGCUGCGCGCGCUCCUCGGCGACUCCGGCGCCUGUGGGUGGGCAGUUUCCUGGCGCUGCCCGCAGCGGAGGGCGCCGGGCACCAGCCGUGGCACGCCGACGCGCCGCACCUCUUCGCGCCCGCGCUCCCGGCGCACCUGCCCCCGCACGCGCUGAACGUGCUCGUGCCCCUGAGGGACGUGGAGCUCGAGGACGGCCCCACGCAAUUCCGCGUGGGGUCGCACGUGCUCGGGAGGGAGCACCUUGGCGAGGAGGUGGCGCCGUGCCCGAGGGCUGGCGACGUCAUCCUCUACGAUUACCGGUGGAGCCUCGUCUGCAAGAGGCGUGGCGAGGCAGUCUGCAAGCCCCUGUGGCCGUUGCUGGAGUGUGGGGUCAGAGCCUGGAUGCGGGGGCACAGGGAGUACGAGCGAGGAAGGUAA